UUGGUUGACCAUCGAAACUACAACGCUCUUUCUCCGUGGGAAAGGGGAAGCAAAAUAAUAAUUAUCGAAGCCAUUGAUUUCGGAGCUGAUCGGUCUCUAUCUCUCUCUCUCUACUCCACAUAUCAAGCGGAUAAACUUGAUCGGGUACUAGAAUGGGAGGAGGAUUUAGAGUUUUGCAUUUGGUGAGGCCAUUCUUGGCUUUUCUGCCUGAGGUUCAGAGUGCUGACAGGAAGGUGCCAUUCAGAGAGAAGGUUAUCUACACUGUCAUCUCUCUCUUCAUCUUUCUUGUCUGCAGUCAACUUCCUCUCUAUGGAAUUCAUUCCACAACGGGUGCCGAUCCUUUCUACUGGAUGCGUGUCAUUCUUGCCUCCAACCGUGGUACUGUCAUGGAGCUCGGUAUUACUCCUAUUGUCACAUCUGGACUUGUGAUGCAACUCUUGGCUGGUUCUAAGAUUAUUGAGGUUGACAACAAUGUUCGUGAGGAUCGUGCCCUCUUGAACGGUGCUCAGAAGCUUCUUGGUAUUCUGAUUGCCAUCGGUGAGGCGGUUGCAUAUGUUCUUUCUGGAAUGUAUGGACCCGUUGGACAGCUUGGUGUUGGAAAUGCCAUUCUGAUCAUCCUCCAGCUUUUCUUUGCUGGAAUCAUUGUUAUCUGCCUUGAUGAGCUCCUUCAGAAGGGAUAUGGUCUUGGCUCAGGAAUCUCCCUUUUCAUUGCCACCAACAUCUGUGAAAGCAUUAUCUGGAAGGCAUUUAGCCCAACUACCAUCAACACCGGGCGUGGAGCUGAGUUUGAAGGUGCUGUUAUUGCACUGUUCCAUAUGCUGAUAACCAAGUCCAACAAGGUUGCGGCUCUCCGCCAAGCUUUCUACCGGCAAAACCUUCCAAAUGUUACCAACUUGCUUGCCACAGUCUUGAUCUUCCUGAUUGUGAUCUACUUCCAAGGUUUCCGUGUGGUUUUGCCUGUGAGAUCAAAGAAUGCCCGUGGACAACAGGGUUCUUACCCAAUCAAGCUGUUCUACACCUCUAACAUGCCCAUCAUCCUCCAAUCUGCUCUUGUCUCAAAUCUUUACUUCAUCUCUCAGCUUCUGUACAGGAAGUUCAGCGGAAAUUUCUUUGUAAACCUUUUGGGACAGUGGAAGGAAUCCGAGUACAGUGGGCAGUCCAUUCCUGUUAGUGGUCUGGCUUACCUCAUCACAGCUCCAGCAAGCUUCUCGGAUAUGGCGGCUCACCCAUUCCAUGCACUGUUCUACAUUGUGUUCAUGCUCACUGCUUGUGCUCUUUUCUCAAAGACAUGGAUUGAAGUCUCUGGAUCUUCUGCUAGGGAUGUAGCUAAGCAGCUCAAGGAACAACAAAUGGUGAUGCCAGGACACAGAGAGUCAAACUUACAGAAGGAACUGAACAGGUAUAUCCCAACAGCUGCGGCUUUUGGAGGAGUGUGUAUCGGUGCACUCACUGUUCUGGCUGAUUUCAUGGGAGCCAUUGGGUCGGGAACUGGAAUUCUAUUGGCGGUCACGAUCAUAUACCAGUAUUUCGAAACCUUUGAGAAGGAAAAAGCCAGUGAGCUUGGCUUCUUCGGGUUCUAAGUUAGCUUAAAGAAGGUGUAAAACUUUGCUGAGGCAAAAAGCAGAGCAGAAGAGGCUUUAGCUUCUGUGCCCACCGCAGACAGACAAUUUGUGGUGGCACUUGGGGUAGACUACUGUUUUUUUUGUUGUUCAAAUGAAAUUUUCUGUUUAGUCGUUUACGUUUUUUUUUGUUACUUUUUAAAAAGUUAUGUGAUAGACAAUUUUCUAAUGUAAUGUUUCUAGGAAUUUCACUUUACUCUUGACCAAAUAAACAAUUUUACAUUUUUGAAUUCAAACUGCAUUUUAUCA